AUGAAGAGUUGGGGUGGUGCGUUCGGCCAUAUUCCCGUCGUUCUCGACAUUCUGUCUCGGGUUCUACAAGGCAAUGGCCAGCAGCAGGUUGAUCAAUACUCUUGGACCAGGAAGGAGAAGAACCAAAACUUUCAGUCCCAACAGUUCCAGUUCCAUCCUAGACAGAUUCGGCAAAUCAAGGCGGAAAAAGCCAAGGAGAAAGCGAGCGCCUUGUUGAAGAGAAGGAAGACGGCUGCCAUGGCCAACAAGGCUGUCGAGAGGUACCACGGCGACUCGGAUUACAGGUUUUUGCACGACCGGGUUUCUGAACUUAUGGCCGAGUGCUUGAAGCAUGAUGUCCAAGAAUUCAACCAGCAUCAGCAGCAGCGUCGUGAGCAAGAGCAUAACCAAAAGAAAAAGAAGAUGAAGACGUUGGACCUGAACAUAACCCGGUGUGGCUGA